AUGGACAUUUCUAGAAGACUCGAGGUUUUAUCGAAGCUCUUUGGGAAAUCUUUCACACUUCGAGAGCCAGAGCCCGAGUCCCAUCCAGAGGAAAAGGAUCUCAAUGAGCCUCCUUCAAAUGACAUUGCACAAUCUGCUGCUGAGAUUCCCAAACCCAAAGGUAGCGCUCCUCGUUUGUUCAUCAACGAUGACGUUGGACCACGUGCGAGCACUGCUGGAGCAUUCGACUGCCAAAACUACCAACUUGGCGAGCCCUUGGAUGCGGAUUUCCCGUUUGUUCCCUGGAAAGUGGUCACCACUUACGGGGAGCUCUUCAUCGGCAAAACUAACCGUCCACAUGCAGCUCCAUUUUGGGCGAAGAUAACUGAAGGAAGAGUGUGGGAUUUUUUCUGCAUCCACAACCCUACAAAGCCUAGAAACGAGCCAAGCCUGCUCGUGCCAACGGCACAGUUCCAAGAUUUCCUUGACAUGGUCAACCAAGAGCUGGGCAUCUCAUUGGCGAUUCCAGGAGGCAUCAGCACGGACAAGUUCUUCAUCACGUUCCGGAACGAGACGCCCAGACCACGUUACUUCCAAAGAUCCCGAGACCAGAAAGUUCUCUCUCUCGAGGAACUGCCCGCCAUCAGCGAUGAUGAUGCCCAGCUCUUCAAAUCGGCCACGCCUAUUGCGCAGAAGCUGUUCCUGGAGACUGUGAGCCUGGUGGAGCGCGUCCCGAAGAAAGACAACCGUGGCAAGAAUAAUCAAAAGUCGCAGCGGAAGAAACUUGAACGAAAACAGAUGGUUGCAGAUGCCCAGAAACUGCUGGGGGUGGCUUCUCCCGACGGUGUUGCUGAAGACUUCGUUCUCGUCUGCUUUGAUGUCGAGGCCAUUGAGAGGCCGCCGAACCCCAUCUCCGAGAUUGGCAUCGCAAUCCUGGAUACAAGGGACAUCGCGAAGACCGCACCUGGACCUGCUGGCCAGGAAUGGUGGCCAUUGAUCAAGGCCCAUCAUCUCCGAGUCAGGGAGUUGUCGGCGCUGGUCAACCGUGACUACGUCCAAGGGUGCCCUGAUGCUUUCAACUUUGGAGAGAGCACGUUCCCUACCAAGUCAGAGACAAAGGAGGCGAUUCUCACGAUCCUCAAUCCCUACAUUGAAGGCGGCCGCAGCAUUGCCCUGGUGGGACAUGAUGUCCAUCAAGACAUACGGUACCUCUUCAAUCUCGGCAUCGAUCUAGCCAGCAUUGGUUCCAUCAAACAGACGAUCGACAGCCAGGUCCUUCACCAGGUCUUGCGAGAGCUCGACUGUGGUCGUGGUCUCAGCGCAGUUCUAUCGGACCUUGGCAUUUCAAGCAAGAACCUACACAAUGCUGGCAACGACGCAGUGUUCACCCUGCGUGCUUCGGUUGGACUCGCCAUCGAGAAUACACGCAAGCAAGCUGCGAAGGAGAAGGGAGAGGAAUAUCUGCCGGAGAUGUUCGCCCGGGAAUCAGAGAGUCCCGCGGAAGAAACUGCGGAGGUCGCUACAGAGGCCGGGGUCCCAAUGGUAGAGAUGUAG